UUCAGCGGGCGGGCGGGGGGCUUCACUGCCCCUAGCCCCCCGCCCGCCCGCUCAGUAGCCUACGUGACAGUGAAGUGAACGCACGUUGUCAUAAAGUGUUUCUGACGCUUCGGAGAUUUUUUUGGCGUCACGGACAGUUCUAAAUUUAAGUAAUGGCUUGGGACAAAGAGAAGACUCUAUUAUUCAUAGAAAAAUAUAGGGAAAUCAGGGAAUUAUGGGACCCUAAGCAUCCUCAACACUUUAAUAAAAUAAUAAAACAAGACGGUUGGGUGAAAUUAUCGGAUCAAUUUGGAAUAACCGUAGAAGAAUGUCAAAAGAAAAUCACAAGCCUUUUAGCAUCUCUUAGAAGAGAAAAGAGCAAAAUGAAAAAAAGUGCUUCAGGAACCGGAAAAGGUGCAGAAGAAGUAUAUACUAGUACCUGGUUCGCAUAUGCAGCUUUAUCAUUUAUACUGGACAGAUAUGAACCACGGAAGACAACAGAUUCAAUUCCUUGUGAACCUGGGACACAAGACUUGCAGGAGACUCGCGACAAGCCCACCUGA